GUACGGGCCUCUCCGCCUCCCGGAACAAGGCGCGGAAGAGCCGGGGAGGGUUCGGGGGCGUGUCCAAACAGCCACCCCGCCCAGGGUUCGUCCUCCUCCCCAGCUUCCCUGUCAGCUCCCCGUCGCUUCUCAGUUCCUGGAGAGGUUGCUGUAGCUGCGGUUGGGCCUCAGAAAGGAGGCGAGUCCCGAGAGGCUAGAGAGCCGCGGUGUUCGGAGUCUCGGCCAGCUGGACAGCAGGCGCCCACCAAGCGGCCAUUGAAUGUUUGUUUGCUACUAAUGGGUGUGAGCAAGUUAGAUAUUCUAUAUCGGAGACUUCUCCUUACAAAACUUUUUAUCAGAGGAUGGGGAAGGCCAGAGGAUCUCAAAAGACUGUUUGAAUUCAGAAAGAUUAUUGGAAAUCGAGAAAGAUGUCAGAAUCUGGUUUCAAGUGAUUAUCCAAUAUACAUCGAUAAGAUUGAAGAGCAGUCAGACUGUAAGAUCCUAGAUGGACACUUUGUUUCCCCCAUGGCCCACUAUGUGCCUGAUAUCAUGCCAGUUGAAUCUGUUAUUGCAAGGUUCCAAUUUAUUGUGCCUAAAGAAUGGAACAGCAAAUAUAGACCCGUAUGCAUUCAUCUUGCUGGAACAGGAGAUCAUCAUUACUGGAGACGACGAACACUAAUGGCUCGUCCUAUGAUUAAAGAAGCCCGAAUGGCUUCUUUGCUGUUAGAAAACCCUUAUUAUGGCUGCAGGAAACCCAAGGACCAAAUAAGGUCCAGCUUAAAAAACGUAUCUGAUCUUUUUGUGAUGGGAGGAGCUCUUGUUUUAGAAUCUGCAGCUCUCUUGCACUGGCUAGAGAGGGAGGGUUAUGGACCUCUAGGAAUGACCGGAAUAUCCAUGGGAGGACACAUGGCUUCCUUAGCAGUAUCCAGCUGGCCUAAGCCCAUGCCACUGAUUCCAUGUCUGUCUUGGUCCACAGCAUCUGGGGUCUUCACUACGGGCGUGCUAAGUAAAUCGAUUAAUUGGAGGGAGCUAGAAAAGCAGUAUUAUACACAGACAGUUUAUGAAGAAGAAAUUAUUCACAUGCUUGAAUAUUGUGGAACAGAUUCUUUCAAAAUGGGACAAGAAUUCCUGAAACACUUCCCUAGCAGUGCAGACAAGCUAACUAACCUUAACCUGGUUUCUAGAACUUUAAAUUUAGAUAUGGCGGACCAAGUUGUGUCCCAAAAAGCUGCUGAGUGCCAUAAAUCUAGUAAAACAUCUAUCAGUGCCACAUCAGAAGGACUCUUGUUGCAAGAUACCUCUAGGAUGGGGUGCUUCAAUCAAACACUUUCAACCAACAAAAGUAGUUAUACGUGCUGUAAUCCUCAGUCAUACCACCUACUCAGUAAAGAACAAAGAAGAAACACUCUUCAGAAAGAACCUUUAAUAUUUAUGAAAGGAGUUAUGGAUGAAUGUACUCAUGUAGCAAAUUUCUCAGUUCCAGUUGACCCAAGCCUCAUCAUAGUGGUUCAAGCCAAAGAAGAUGCCUAUAUUCCACGAACAGGAGUUCGAAGUCUACAAGAAAUUUGGCCUGGUUGUGAAAUCCGAUAUCUAGAAGGGGGUCAUAUUAGUGCUUAUCUUUUUAAACAAGGACUCUUCAGGCGCGCCAUCUAUGAUGCAUUUGAACGCUUCCUCCGUAAAUACGCUAACUAAUGGGAUCACGUAUGUAACCAGUGCAGCCAUCAUGUUUCUUAUGGAAGGAGUUUGAUCCUUUGAUGAUGUGAAGAACAAGCAGACAGCACUAUAUAUCUAAUUGCUGUCAAUUUAGUCUGGAAUUCAGUGUUACAGAUCAGUCAACUAUAAUCUUUAAAUACAUUUGAAUAAUUGUAAACCAAUAUUUGGAUGAAAUAAUGCUGAACUAUUUUGUACUAUUUGUGGGAAUCCCAUAAAAUCAAUAUCUAGUCUGUUGUUACUAUUUAUGUAAACUUUAUAUUUUAAAUUAUGAAUAAUUUAUUAAUUUAAAACAAAUUUAUUCAUAGAAACCCUAUUGGUUUUUAAAGAACUGCUAAGUCAAACUUAGUUUGUAAUAUGUCACCCUAUAUUGUAUAUAUGACCUUACAUGACAUUUCUAUUAUUGAUUUGAUUCGAGAAACAUGUUUAUUUCUUUUACGGAUCCACAGUGAAUUUAUAAUCUUAUUUUCAACUUUAAUUUUCUGCCAUGGAUACUUAUCAUGUGUAAAAUCAGUUUUAACUUUGAAUACUAAAAAAUCCUUUUUGCUUUCUACUUAAGUACUUUUAAUAAUUAAAUUGAAUGUGAGAAUGCAGAUAAGAUGCAUAAGACUUGGCUAAACUUUAAAACUUCGCCAAAUAUUAGGUUAGAAAAAAAUGCCAAACAUUUUUCCCCUACUUGAAAAGAUUCAAUUCAUGAACACUGAAAUAAUGAAAGACCUAUUGUGUUAAUUAAUAACUGUUUCUUAACAUUUUCUUGUAUACAUACUCUGAAUUUGCUAAACAUCUAACUUUAGGCCAAGUACUUAACAGCUUUGGUUUUUUAAUUUCAGAAAUUAAUGGCCACAUAUGAAAUUGAUCUGUCCGUAUAAACUUUAUUUUAUGGAAAAGAUAUAAUAACUAGUACUUUUUAAAAAUAUUAUAUGGCUACACUUGGUGCUUUCUUUUUAUUUUAUUUUACUUUUAAACUUUUUUGGCUGCACCGCACGGCCUUUGGGAUCUUAGUUCCCCAACUAGGGAUUGAACCCGGGCCCUCAGCGAGAGUGCAGAGUCCUAACCACUGGACCGCCAGGGAAUUCCUGGUGCUUUCUUUUUAUGUUAAACUUCUCAAGCCAAGAACUAAAAUGUUUUUAAAAGUAGAAAAUAUUUGGGGUUUAGAAAAAAUAUAUUUGAGUUUUAUUUUUUUGAAAUAUGUGUUGUCUGUGGGUUAUUUUAAAAUAUGUAUUCCUAGUCUAGUAAGGAUAUUUGAAUUAUAAGAUGCCUUUGUAGCUUUUUAAAGGAGAUUUUAUUUGGCCCUCUAAUGCCUCCAUCACCUUAAUUUUUAAAAACUAUUUUUAAAUGAUUAAUGUGAAGUCACUGAUGGCAUACAGUGUUGUAAAUUCUGUAAAUCUACUUUGACAUAAACAAACAUAGUUACAGCCAUUUGAGCUAUAGCAAUUUUACAUGUUCAGAUUAGAACCUUUACUUUUCACUAGAAGUAUGAAAUCUACUAAAGUUCUCCAACAAAAUACCCUUUAAAGAUAAAGUAAACCCUGUUGUUAACUGAAUUACAAGUAUUUUCUUAUGUAUUUAGUGAGGUGAUUGCUUUCUGAGCAAUGGCUUUAGUGAAACCAGUACUUUAUUUUUCACAUAAAUAUUUCCUACUAAGCAAUAAUGUACUAUGGUAUGUAACUUUCUAUUGGUAAAAGAAUGAAAUUUCAUUUCAGUUUAAUUAAUUCUUAGGCAUAACUAAUUUCUCCCAAAUAAAUGUGAAAGAGGUGUUUUUAAAAUUUCUUCUCUUAUCCAGAUGUUCUAAGAAUAUAUGCACACAACUACCUAAAGAAGUGCUGUCUGCCAUUUUGAAGACUGGGUACAUAAAUUGCUAGAAAUUCAUUUAGCCCAGAGUUGCAAACUGGCAAUCAGUACAGGACAGCUUGUCCCACAGUUGUUUUAUUCAGUGUGCAUAAUACCUCCAGCAAAAUUUUUGAAUUCGAGAAGUCUUUAGACUGGGUAUGCAUUCCCCAGUUUGCCAUAAUCCACCAGACUCCAAGCUCUUGUAUUAGACUACUUCACUACUUUGUGUUUCCCACUUAGCCCUGAAGACAUCUGAGCCUGACACCCCGACUUAGAUCUGUGGUUAAAAAACAUUUCUGAAUUUCAUGAUUUGAUAAUGUUGUAAGUACUAUUAAAUCAUUUUAGCAUAUGCAUUUUAGAUUGUUUCUUAUGAAUGUAAAUUUUAAGGUGGUGCUUUCUUUUAUAAAGAUUAUUGAAUUAUUGACUCUGUAACUGAAAUUUUAAAAAUAAUUUCCAAAUAUUUUUUACUUCAAAUAAAAGUCUUA